GGGCUUCUUUCGUUUUCCGUCGCCGUGUGGCUAAAUUUAUUUAUUUUUUAACGGUUGUCGUCAUUCGCGUUUUUCGCUCGCUCCGUUCAACUAUUUGCUACCAAUUUAUUGGCCAAAACAAAAAUCAAGCAAAUAAUCUGAAAUGGGAAAAGUGUUGCGGCGUUAAAUAAAAUCUGUUGCAAAGUGGCGAGAAUCAAUAGCAAAGCAAAGUAAAUAAAAGUGCAUUCGAAUGGGUGUGGGUGUGGAAAAGAAAAACCAAAUGCAGUGCGUGCCAAUGCCAACAAAUAAGAAAUAAGAAACCCAAAAGGAAGCGAAGGAAGAUAAGAAGUAAAAAGUGCAACAAAAGAAGAGAAAGAGCUGCAACAAAUAAAAAAUUUCGGUGCGGCGUUUUCUACGUGACGCGAAAUUAAAUGCGCUCUGCCCCCUCCCUUAGUCUCACCACAUCUCCCUCUCGCUCUUUGUUAAAAUUUAACUGCGAACAGGGUCAAAAUAAAAAAAAAACACGUCGAAGAAAUACUUGUAUAUAAAUUCUAGGUAAUUCCUACCUUCCGUUUUUUCGCGGUUAGCGCGCGUGAUUCAUAAACUCGUAUUUAAGUAACAAAAAAAAAGAUAACACAAAAUACAGCCGUGCAUUGAACCUGCUGAAAACGGUGGGCACCAAGUAAGCAGCCAACAUGGACAACAGCAUCUGUGCAAUAGUUGAAUACGAAUAUGCGGCCAAGGAGCCGGACGAGCUGGAUCUCCAGAAAGGUGCCAUUAUCCAUCGGAUCAAGCAGAUGCCCGGCGGCUGGUGGCAGGGCACUUUAAAGUCCUCCGGAGCCACGGGAAUGUUUCCGGAUAAUUUCGUCCGGGUGCUGGACUCCGGCAUCAGCAGUAAUGGCAACGGAACCACCGGAAGUGGGGACCACAUUGACGAAGGAAUUGCUGUGCAGCUGAGGGAAAAAUCCGCGACAUCGAAUCGCCGCUGCAAAGUCAUCUAUAGUUACACACAAGUCAACGACGACGAACUGACGCUGGCCGUGGGUGAUGUCAUUGAAUUCCUAGGGGAGGUCGAGGAAGGCUGGUGGCGCGGUCGUCUGCGCAGCAAAGUCGGCGUCUUCCCAUCGAACUUUGUGCAACAUAUCGAGCCGUCGCCCAUUUUGGCCUCCAAGCGGCCGCCGACAAUUGGCGCCACGGUGACCACAUCGUCGCUGACGUCCAAGGCGGCAAAUGUGACGGCUAGCGCCACAUCCACAACAACUGGAGGUGGAGUAGGAGGAGGAACCACUGGCACCGCCUCCACAAUAAAACAAACAACUAAGGGCAGAGCCAUUCCACCGGAACCAGGAUCGGUGGUGGGAUCUGUACCGGGAUCGGGAUCGGGAUCGGGAGGACCGGCAGCAGCAGGACCACAGAUAGUGCCCAUGUUACCCCCGAAGCCACAGAGGGAAUUCUGCCGGGUGGAGUUCCCAUACGCCCCGCAAAACGACGAUGAACUGGAACUCAAAGUAGACGACAUAAUCACAGUGAUCACCACCGAAUUGCCCGACAAAGGAUGGUGGAAAGGAGAAAUCCGUGGCAAAGUGGGCGUUUUUCCCGACAAUUUCGUCAAGAUGCUGGCACCCUCGGAAGUUGCCCCAAUCAACGAGCCAUCAGCCACUGCUCAGCCGCAGAGAAAGAUCAGCAACACUGCCAGCACCACCAGCCACAUGACCACAACGAACUCGAGCAACUCCAGCACCACUUCGGUGACCACGCAGCAGCAGAAGGAGCAGAUCGGAUCGACCACCUCGAAGGUGUACAUCAAGAAGACCGGAAGCAGCAGCAACAGCUCCAGCAGCACCACCACAGUUUCCUCGUCAGCGGGUCGCAAGGAGAGCUUUGGGUCCCGUGACUCCCUCAACGAUAUCCUGAGUGAAACGGGUUUGCCCAGCGGCAAUGUGGCUGCCCAGAGGAAAUCUCUGGAGAACAAGAACCUGGAUCUGACCAAGCCGCCGGGCGUCGGAGCAACUGUGGCCAUCAAUCAGCAGAGGAGCAGCACCUCCAGUGCCGCCACCAGCUCCUCAGCCACCACAAUUUCCACAGGAUUGACCUCCUCGUCGGUUAGCAAAUCCAUGGAGAGCCUGGACGAGAAGGUCAAGUCGCCGCCGCCGGUGCUCAGCAAGAAGCCGAGUGUGCCGCUGAAGAAAACACCCACAGGUGGAGUGCCCGUGACUGGUAACCUUCUGGGUGGCAAGAAAAAGAACGCGGAAGGCAAGCUCACCACUGCCGUUUCCCAUGACCUGGCGGAUGGACUUGCGGCCAGUAAGAUGCUCAGCGGUGCAAAUCAACUGCCAGAAUCCGGGGCAGCUGGCAACCUGGUGAUCCGGAGGGCAGCCACCAUCGCUGUGGAGGAUACGGACUUCGAUCGCGUCGAGCGGGCAUCGAUUCUCACGGAUAUGCGGCAAGGAAGGGUCAAGGCGCCCAAGCGACGUCCUCCAUCGGCGGCUAUAAACGUGCUGGGUGAAAGCAAUAACAAUUCCGUAUACGUAAAUGGCAGCGGCAUGGGCGCAGGAUCUGGAGGAGCGGGAAGUGCAAGCGAGCUGAGCGAAGACGGUGGAGCUGGCGGAAAGGGCACGGCGGCCACAGCCUCCUCCGACGAUAAUUCAACGGGCGAGGAACCACAGUUGGCCAAGCCAAAGCCACGCGAGUGGGAGAAGAAGAAGGCGCCAUGGAUGGAGGAGCUAAAGGCCUCGCAGGUCACCCGGAAAAAGCCCUCGCCCAGUGUGGAGCCCCGAGGAGCUUCGGUGGCCGAGAGGACCUCCAAACUCUUUGCCGCCGAGCAGGCGAUCAGUAGCAGUAGCAGUAGUAGCAGUACCACAACGAAAGUGCAAUCUUCCGCGGUGACAUCCUCCAUGUUUGUGGAGAGCUCAACCAGCAGUUCGGCGGUGACCACCAGCAACACCAGCACCAGCACCACCACCAACGAUGCCAUCAUGUCCCGCAGCCUGACGGCUGCCAAGGCCACAACAGCAGCAGCCAGCAGCGAUGAGGAGACGAGAGCCACAAGGCCAAAUAGUCUGGCCAUUCGCAAACAACGAAGUGUUUCACCUCUGGUCAAGAGCUCCAAUGCCAGCAGUUCGCAGUCCCAGGAGGAGAAGCAGCCAAGCAAUCAGCUGAAUAACCACCAGGAUGUCAGUUCCUCACGUGUCAACCAGCUGGAGCAGAGGGUGGAUAAGCUGGAAGGACUAGUGCUAAACCAACAGCGAACCAUCGAGGAGCUGAUAACUGCCCUGAAAUCCGAAGCCGAACGCGUCAAGAUUUUACGGAGCGAACUGGACAAAUACGCGCAGUGCGUGACGCAAGUUUGAGCGUAGUUAAAGUCGUCUUUUAGCUAGCUUAUGAGUUCUUGAUUUUUAGCGUGUGCUGAACUCUACAAUUCCCAGGCCUAAAAAAAAAACGUAGAACGUAGUAGAGUAGACCGAACCCAAGACAAUCCCAAAUAUCUGUACUCUGUGUUCUGUACUUACAUACCAGAAUGAUCUAUCCAACUUGCUAGCGAGCAACCGUUUUUGCAUGCCAAAACAGUUUUAUUUUUCGCUAAUUACUUUGUAUCCCCCCCUGUAUAUCUGAUAAUUUCUAUAAGUAUUUUUUAUACACUCGUACAUUCCGAAAAGCUAAAGAGAUAGCGACACUGUGUGAUUUCUUUUAGCUGCUUUCGAUUGCGAUUUGUUUUGUUUAUACGAGUUAUGAUUAUUUUUUAAAGAUGUAUUAAAGUUAUGAGUAAACUGUACUAUAAACUAUACUAAACGAGAGAGAGAAAAAUAUACAAAGUUCGAUGGAGUUGAUGAUGCCUAAAACUUAAGCAAUAAAUAAUGCAAAUAAAUACUUCAAUGUUUUCUGAA